AUGUCUCGAAUCUACCUCUCCUUUGCUUCCCUCCUCGCGACCGCCGCCGCCCACGGCCACGUCACAAACAUCGUCGUCAACGGCGUCUACUAUGCCGGGUGGGACAUCAACAGCUACCCCUACAUGGAGACCCCGCCGGUGGUUGCCGCCUGGGGAACUCCCAACACCGGCGGUGGCCCCAUGGACGUCAGCUCAGGCUACACGAACCCCGACCUAAUCUGCUCGCUCAAUGCCACGAACGCCCAGGGCCAUGUCACUGUCGCGGCGGGAGACAAGAUCAACUUGCAGUGGACUGAGUGGCCGGAUACUCACCACGGACCUGUUAUUGACUACCUGGCUUCGUGCAACGGUGCGUGCGAGACGGUUGACAAGACGACGCUCGAGUUCUUCAAGAUCGAUGGUGUCGGACUGGUUGAUAACUCUGCUGUCCCUGGUGUCUGGGGCGACGACCAGCUCAUCGAGAACAACAACAGCUGGAUGGUGCAGAUCCCCGAGUCGAUUGCUCCCGGCAACUAUGUGCUCCGCCAUGAGAUCAUCGCCCUGCACAGUGCCGGGACCGAGGGUGGUGCGCAGAACUAUCCUCAGUGCUUCAACCUGCAGAUUACCGGCUCUGGAACUGAUGAGCCGACUGGAACCCUGGGAACGGAGUUGUAUACCCUUGACGAAGCUGGUAUCCUUGUGAACAUCUACGCCAGCCUCGACUCGUAUGAGGUCCCUGGACCUGCGCUGUACAGUGGUGCUUCGUCGAUUGCGCAGGCUACUUCGGCUAUCACUGCUACUGGGACUGCGGAGACGGGGACAGGCGGUGCGACUGCUACUGCGACUGCUUCUGCCACUGAAAGUGCCACCGCGACUGCCACUGCUACAAGCAGCGCAACAUCCACAUUCUCAACCUCGAGCAUCCGCUCCUCUGCCUCCGUCCCCUCGAACCCCUCGACAACAAGCACCGCUACUAGCGUGCAGACAACCCAGAGCGCGACAACAGUAACAACGACAACUCGCACCACCUCCGCCCCGGGAACGCUGACGACCGCUACAUCGUCCGCCACGUCUACUACCGUCUCUGCUCCCACGACUGCCCCGACAACAUCUACCCCUCCUUCCUCUGGUGAGGGUGGGGCUCAGGCUAUCUACCAGCAGUGUGGCGGCAUCAACUACAAGGGGGCUACGGCUUGUGCGGAGGGUUCGUCGUGCCAUAAGUAUAACCCGUACUAUUCGCAGUGUAUUCCUGCGUAG